AUGGCUCUUGCCUGGGCUCAUGUCAGCUUCACCGAGGAGUUGCUGUGCCCCGUCUGCCUGGAGCUGUUCGUGGACCCGGUCAUUCUGAGCUGCGGCCACAAUUUCUGCCGUCAGUGUGUGCAGGAGUACUGGCAGCGCCAGGCCCCCGGGCUGUGCUGCCCCGAGUGUCGGGAGGAGAAUGAUCGGGAGGGACCCCUCCGUCCCAAUCAGGUGGUGCGGGAGAUGAGCGAGGAGGCUCGCACACUGGCCGGCCUGUACUGCCACCUUCACGGCCUUCGCUACAAACUGUUCUGUGACACUGACCUGCAGCUGAUCUGUGUAAGUUGCCGGGACAGCCCAGAGCACCAGCAGCAUGAGGCCAGUCCUGUCCAGGAGGCUGCACAAUUCUACAAGGAAAAGCUACAGGAGGAAACUGUUUCACUCCAGGAUCAAUCAAGUGCUUUCACUGCCUUCCUCGACGUGGAGGAGGACAAGAUCUCCUUGGUCAAGAAAAAUGUAGAGUCGUUGCGACAGCACAUCAAGGAGCAGUUUGCUCAAAUGCAUGGUUUUCUCUGCGAGCGAGAAGCUGCUUUAACCCACGACUUGGUGGAGCAUGAGAGAUCCAUUCUGACCUUGAUCCGAGAGAACCUGCAGAAAGUCCAACAGGGGUUGUCUUCACUGGAUGUUCGGCUGGCCGAGCUGAUCAGCCAACAGGCCCAGGGCGAUGACAUCGAAUUCCUGAAGGAGUUAAGCCAACGAAGGCCUGAUGAUAUCCAACUGCCCACUGAAGCAGCUACAGACCUGCCUCUGGGAAUAUUCAAAGGACCACUGCAGUACAAAAUAUGGAAAGAGAUGAAGGAUUUCAUCAGCCCAGCCCCUGAGGCCCUGACACUGGACCCUGAGUCAGCCCACCAACGCCUCCUGGUGUCCGAGGACCUGACCCACGUCAGGCUGACCGACAGCAACCAGCAGCCGCAGGGGCCGGAGCGCUUCGGGCCGUGCGUCAACAUCCUGGCGGCGCAGGGCUUCAGGUCAGGCCGGCACUACUGGGAGGUGGAGGUGGGCGCCAAGACGGCCUGGGACCUGGGCGUGGCCCGCGAGUCGGUGCGCAGGAAAGGCCGCAUCACCCUGUCGCCAGUGGACGGCUACUGGACGCUCUGGCUGCGGGACGGUGACCAGUACAAGGCCCUGGACUGGCCAGCCGUGCCGCUGGCCCCCGCAACCAGGCCGCGGAAGGUGGGCAUCUACCUGGACUUCGAGGGCGGCCAGGUGUCCUUCUACAACGCGGACAACAUGUCUCACCUGUACACCUUCAGGGACACCUUCGGCGAGCGUCUCUUCCCCUACUUCAGCCCUUACCUGACCAGUUGCCCCGGCAACGCCGAGGGGCUGCGACUCUGCACCCUGAAGCUGUAACCUCCCUUAACAGUGCCCCCUAACUGGGUGCGACCUCCCGGUGGAAG